AUGAUGAACAUCAUACAUUCUAGAAAACGAUCGAGUAGAUCUGAAGGUUCAGAAGAUGAAAGUGAGAGACAACCGACUAGCAUUUCUUCCGACAGUGAACUGUCACACUCGCCGCAAACACAAGGAUGGAUUGUUGUGAAGAACGAAACAGUCGCUACAAUAGAUACGCUAGAGCUAGAAGUUGAGCAGGUGACUCUACGAGCUCAUCGGAGUACGGCUCUAGCGAGGUGUGUGGAGGCUCUAGCUCUCGUGAUCAGGGAUGUAGCUCACGUCACCCCCCACAACUGUAGAGCAGCUGUAAGAUGUGUGCGUCUGUUAGCACGUGCAACUCUACAUUCAGGAAAAAGUCAAGAGAAAAGAUCCAACAGCGGUUCCAGGAGACGAGCUCGAUCCGACUCAAGUGAUGAUGAGGACUCCCUGGACCACUACCACAUGGUCAGCAUUCAGCUGUUAGACCUCAUGCACACACUACACAGCAGAACGGCUCAGAUAUUCAAGUGGUGGAAGGAUGAAGCUGAUGCUGGACCAGCGGAAGAUUACGAUCUGUGGGAAGUCGCCUGGAAACCUCUGCUGCAAGGAAUCGCUGAGUUUUGUACUGACAGAAGGAAACAGGUAGCGAACAGCGCGAUCGCCUAUCUCCAGCGAGCUCUUCUAGCGCCGGCGCUAGCUGCGCUAGGCGGCGCUGGCUGGGAGGCGUGCUUCGAACAUGUGUUACUGCCGCUACUACACGACCCGCCGGCCAGACCUGACGCAGCGGCCAGAGCCGAUACUGUUAUGUGCAAGGUGUUCCUCCAACAUCUAUCAGCUCUGAGUUCUCGGCGAUCGUUCUCGUCUCUGUGGUCUAAGGUCGCUAGUGUUCAGAGGUCGCUGUUGUCGAGUAGCGCCGAGCCGCUCCGGGAGGCGGCGCUAGAGUCGCUCAAAAACAUGCUGCUUGUCAUGCACUCUGUACGGAUAUUCAACGACGGAGACGGCUAUAAUGAUCUAUGGUACCUCACGUGGGAGAUUAUUGGAGAGUUCUUACCAAACUUGAAGGAAGAACUGUUCCCUGAUGCUAACGACACUAAAGCUCCACCAAAUUCAACAAACAACGUGCAGUCUUCAAUGCCGCUUCUGCCCAACAUAGUACCAGUUGGACAAACCAAUCCGCCAAUGCAGCCAACACCACAAUCGCCAACCAAUAUUACAUUGGCCGCCAAUCAAGCCACUCCAUCGAUCCCGAUCCAAAUACAAAGAUCAUCAGCACAAUCCCCAAACAUACUAGUAGCCACUGUGGCCCAAUCGCCUGUCAAUUUAUCCCAAUCCCCACCACAAGCCCCGCCAUUGAUCACGCCAGUACCAAUUGCACAAGCCAAUGUUGCGCCAAAGGUUGGCCAACCGAACGUCGCGGCUCCUAUCAGCGGGAUGGUGCCGAUAAGGAAUCCUUUAUAUGACCAAACUGGUCUAACAUCAUCCGUACUGUUGCAGCCCUUGAAUGAGAUGAUUUCAACUCCUAUUGGAAUAUCGAUACAGACACAAUCGCCUAUACUCUGUCCUCGACCUGAGCCUGUGUUAAGUGAAAAUGGUCCUAAUUCCAAAGAGAUAGAGUCCACUAAAGGAGAACUUUAUAACGAAUACAUUACCAACCCCUACACAGAAAUCAAAGACCUAUCAGACAAAGAAGCAACUUUAUACGAUCCGGAGGAAAAUCGUCACGUUCCCGUCACGGAUCCGUUAAUACAAAAAUCAUUCAGUGCGAAUGUGACUCCAAUGCAUACUGUUAAUAAGGCUCAAUUCGGUUCAACGGACAAUGUGAGGCAGGAGUCCAGUAUAUUUAACUUUUCAAACUAUUUCGGAUCUGUGAGUGAAAAAAAUUCCGAAGUUUUUGAUACGCUGAUGUCGACUCAAGAAGGAUAG